CUUUUUACCAACACGGUGCAUGGGUCUGUUGACGACACGUGCGGGUGAGAGGUCUUUGAAGUUAUUUCGUUGAAGAACAUCUUGUAGUAAAAUGGCGGACGAAGGGAGCAUUGAGGGUUCUGCUGAGGAGGAGAUGGAACUUUAUGAUGAUGAUGAUGAGGGAGGUGGUGAUGAUGGUGAUGAUGCUAUUGAAGUUGAAGAUGAUGAGCAAUUUGAAGAAUCCAUACCAUCAGCUAAUGGAAAAAAGAAAACAUCCAAAUCAAAGAGGGAGGAAAUGGGAGAAAAGACGAAGGUAUUUCUUCCUGGUGAUAAGAUGGAAGAUGGAGAUGAAUUGACAUAUGACAGUUCUGCUUAUGAAAUGUACCAUGCUGCUCAAACAAAUGCUCCUUGUCUAAGUUUCGAUGUAAUACCAGAUAGCCUUGGAGACUCCAGAACAGAGUUUCCAAUGACAGCAUACAUUGUGGCUGGAACACAGGCACCACCAGGGAAACAAAAUCAUGUUAUAGUCAUGAAGAUGUCACAGUUGGACAAAACGUCCCCAAGUGAUGAUGAAAGUGAUUCUGAUGAUGAGCUUUUGGAUGAAGAACCAGAUCUAGACACAGCAAUGUUUAACCACACUGGUGGAGUUAAUAGAAUCAGACAUUCACCAAUUCCUAACCGACAUAUUGUAGCCACAUGGUCUGAGAGGGGCAAGGUUCACAUCUGGGAUAUAUCACAGCAGGUUAUUUCAGUUGAUAAUCCAUCCAUAUCUGCUGAGGCAUCCCACUCAAAAGAUAUCAAGGCACUGUUUACAUUUGACGGUCAUCAGGUUGAAGGGUUUGCUCUGGACUGGUCCAAAACAGUUCCUGGAAGACUAGCAACAGGAGAUUGUAGGAAAAAUAUCCAUCUUUGGUCACCUGUGGAGGGCGGUUCAUGGCAUGUUGACCAGAGACCUUACAGUGCGCAUACAGACUCUGUUGAAGAUAUACAGUGGAGUCCCAAUGAACAGAAUGUGUUUGCCUCAUGUUCAGUGGACAAGACGGUACGAAUAUGGGACGCAAGAGCGAAACCCACCAAAGCCUGCAUGCUGACCACGCAGGCACAUGACGCUGAUGUGAAUGUGAUUUCUUGGAACAGGAAUGAACCGUUUAUUGCUUCGGGAGGUGAUGACGGUGUUUUAAAAGUUUGGGAUCUCCGACAGUUCCAGAGCGGUGUAUCGGUAGCAAUGUUCAAGCAUCACACAGGUGCUAUCACCUCAGUGGAAUGGCAUCCUACAGACAGUUCAGUGUUUGUGGCAUCUGGCUCUGACGAUCAGGUCACGCUAUGGGACUUAGCUGUAGAAAGAGACAGCGAGGCUGACGGAAAAGGAAGGCAGUUAGAUGUUCCACCGCAAUUACUAUUCAUUCAUAUGGGCCAAAAGGAUAUUAAAGAGGUGCAUUGGCAUCCCCAGCUUCCAGGUGUGUUAAUAAGUACGGCUGAAUGUGGCUUCAAUAUCUUCAAGACCAUUAGUGUCUAAAGCUAGCACGAUCUCGUGUCCUUUGCUCUACUGUUGCGAACGAAAGGAACCUGUCUUAGUUUAUGAGGAUCGCUGGAAACUUACUUCCUGUUCAGACGAGGUAUUCGGGCUGGGCUUUGUUCUGACUGAAAACUGGAACUUCCUUCAAUAUCAGUGGUAGAACCACCUUUGUCAAUGGAACUAGCAUUUGCAGGGUUGUCAAUAACUUUUUCCAUAAGCGGCUGACGAUGGUUUUAUGGACUGCUGUGCCCGAAUAGGGGUCGUAAGGCAAAACCCAAGUACGAGCCAGCUCACAGGCUCAACAGAUGGCGGUAAGGUCUGAUGGGCGGCGGUAGACCAGCGGUAACCCGCUUUUGAUGAAAGCUCUGUUUAUGUCCACUUUAUCAGAGUCUACAAGCUUCGAUCUCUAUUUGGACAGGCUGUCAAAAUCGUAAGGCAAUUUUUAAGGGACCUACAGAGGUUUCCUUGUUUGGAUACAUAAUCAAUGAAAACUUCCACAGGAGAUUGACGUGUCUGUGAGAGGGCAUCCAAAUUUUUUUAUAAUUUUUUUGAGCUCAGUUGAAACUUCUUGUAGGUUUCUCGUAGUUAAGGUUUUACGACGUCAAGCAUAGAUAAGCCAGUCGCAAAGUACAAACCUGCCGUGAAUUGCAUUCGAUUUUUUUAGCAACUUGAGUGCUAUUUUGAAGAAAGGACUUUGCAAUUGCCAGCUCUCAUCAACAGUUUUAAGAUGUGUAUGAAGUUUUUUCUUAUAAUUUGCUUGUCUCAUUAUGAAUACAAAACUGCUGUAUAGAAUGACACAAAUUAAAAGUAUUGAAAUUGA